UCUCAAUAUACAAGUUCUUAAGUCCAUCAGUAGAAUCUUUCGCUCACCUCUCAAAAGAAAGAAUCCCGUGGAAGUAACUACUAACCGCGAGGAAGUGAAGCAAAAUUAGUUGGAUUGAACGCACAGAGGGCAGUGGUUGCGGUAAAUAAGAGCAAGAAUUCUAUCGAAGGUCCGCUCGGUUAUUUGCAGUUGAACGACCAUACCGUAGAUUUGGUGAGGAUUCUCAACAAGAAUGUCAGAUACCCAGGUCAGUCGGUUACUUGGAAUUUUUUCACCAGUAGCUAUGACUCGAACGAUUGUAUCUUCAAUUUGGAACACAAUGGAUAACAUGUUACAGCGAUUGCUUGGAAUCCCUGGGAGGAUCUGCUAUUUUUGUUUUGGAUGUGUAAGGCUGGUUAUGAAUCCUUUGACGAGCAUGUUGGAAUAUAAGCGCGAGUCCAGACCAGCUACAUCACAAGUUCCAGAUCUUCCCACUUUGCUGACCGGUGUUCCAGAUCCUACCUGUGAACAGGUUAGCAAUGCAGUAAGAUGCAUUCACAACAGUGCUAUAAACAUCAUAGUGAACCAGAUUUCACAGAAAAAUAAACUCCAGGAAUAUCGUAAUGAAUUGCAAAGGUGGAGAGAAGAGAACGAAAAAGAAAUAGUGGAUUUAUACAAUUUGGAUGAAAGAGAUAAAAUAACAAUGAAAACCCUGGCAAUUUCGGUUAAGAAGUUAAAAGCAUUGAAAGCUAAGAAAAAUAAAUUCGCAAAGUUGAACAAUGAGAAAAUGUUGAAAGUAGCCAACAAGAGCAAUUUAAGUACAGAGGAUCUUAAAAUUAUCAAAGAGAGCAACAAAAACUUGAAUGAAAUUGAUUUUGAGAUGAAUAAGAAUAAAAAAGAAUGUUUGGACAUGGUCAAAACAUCUGAACGGUUAAGCCAAUUAUUCACUAAAGUGCUAUUGCAUAAUGAGUUUUUCUACGAUUGUACACUUGAACCCGAAGUGCCUUUGAAUAAUAUUAUGAAUAAACUUCGUGCAAUUACAUAUAAAUCUCAAUUGGAAAACGAUGCCUUUAAAUCUAGUUUAGUUGUUACAAAUGAGAAACUGGAUAAAAUACUUACAGCUACAGAAAGAAUCUCAACAGCUUUGGAUGAUUUUAGAGAAGAGCUGCCGGAUAUACCUAGUAUGAAGAAUGAAUUGGCUGCUUUGAGAUCACAGCUUGAGCAAGAACAGUUGGUUCUGAGAAAUGUCAAAGGUGAGCGUGAUAUCAUGAGAGUAAAAUUGGAUGUUUUGGAAGAUCUAAUUGAAGAUCAAGAGGACUUUUUAAACUCUCGAGAAAAUCAAGAUAUCGAGGGAGCUGUUGUGCAGUGAAAAACUAUAGUGGAGUUUUGAAGGCUAGUCAUCAAAUAGUUCAGAUUCAUGGUGCCUAAACUAUUAUUGGACAUGUUUUUUCCCUGAAGAAUUAGUGUUCGUCACUAACUAUUUAUUGCAUUCGUGUUUUUUAUUACCAUUUUUUAUGUGUAUUCUAUUAUAUUGCCAUUUUGAAGCUGUGAUAUUAAUAAAGUUCUGAAUUCAUUUUAA